CUAGAGCCACCUCUGAGCCGAGGCCGGAGACGGAGCUCCCGGAGCUGCUGUCGCAUCCCGGCCGGGCCUCCCCCCACUGUCCCUCCCCCUCUGGCUGGACAUCUGGACCCCGGGCCCCCGCACCGCCAGGGUUCCGGAAACCCUCCCCGCCCCACUCGGCGGCCCGGCCCCGCACGGCCCUCCCUCCACGCUCCCCUGCCCCGACUUCCGUCUACUCCUGGACCCCCCGCUUCCCAUCCCUUUCCUCCCCAUCCCCCCACCCCCCCCCUGCAUCCCCAAGCCUGGACCCCGGUGGGAGGGAGGGGGGUGUGCGCCCUGCGCCGUCCCCGCCCCGCCCCCCGUGAUUCCCCCUGCAUGGCCGGCCCGGGUGGGGGGUGCGGGGGGGCCCGGGCGCCAUGCGGGGGGGUCACAAAGAGGGUCGCUGUGCCUGUCCCCGAGUGAUCCGGAAAGUGCUGGCAAAAUGCGGCUGCUGCUUCGCCCGGGGGGGACGUGAAUCCUACUCCAUUGCUGGUAGUGAGGGGAGCGUGUCAGCCUCCGCUGCUUCGGGUCUGGCUGCCCCGUCUGGCCCCAGCUCUGGCCUCAGCUCUCACCCCUGUUCUCCGGUCCCCCCUGGACCCGUAGCUGGCCUGAGGAGAUGGUUGGAUCAUUCCAAACAUUGCCUCAGUGUGGAAACCGAGGCAGACAGUGGUCAAACAGGACAAUAUGAGAACUGGAUGCUGGAACCAACGCUAGCCGCAGGAGAGGGGUUGCCAGAACUAACCUUACUGACUACAUUGUUGGAGGGUCCUGGAGACAAGACACAGCCACCUGAAGAGGAGACUUUGUCUCAAGCUCCCCAGAAUGAGGAAGAACAGAAGAAGGUCGCCCUGGAAAGGAGUAUGUUUGUCCUGAGUGAGCUGGUAGAAACAGAAAAAAUGUACGUGGAUGACUUGGGACAGAUUGUAGAGGGUUACAUGGCUACCAUGGCUACUCAGGGGGUCCCUGAGAGUCUUCGAGGUCGUGACAGGAUUGUGUUCGGGAACAUUCAGCAAAUCUAUGAGUGGCACAGAGACUAUUUCCUGCAGGAGCUGCAGCUGUGUUUGAAAGAUCCCGAUUUGUUGGCUCAGCUGUUCAUCAAACACGAGCGCCGGCUGCAUAUGUAUGUGGUCUACUGUCAGAAUAAGCCCAAGUCAGAACAUGUGGUGUCAGAAUUUGGGGACAGCUACUUUGAGGAGCUCAGGCAGCAGCUGGGACACCGUCUGCAGCUCAAUGACCUCCUCAUUAAACCUGUGCAGCGAAUUAUGAAAUACCAGCUGUUGCUCAAGGACUUUCUGAAGUAUUACAGCAGAGCUGGCCUGGGUACUGACGAGCUGGAGGAGGCCUGUUUGCCAGGAAUGGCCCUGUGUGUCCAACAAUGCCCCUCUUCACCUCUAUCCCAGCAAGCUGUGGAGGUCAUGUGCUUCGUACCCAAGCGUUGUGAUGACAUGAUGUCCCUGGGGAGACUUCGAGGAUUCGAGGGAAAACUAACGGCCCAGGGGAAGCUCUUGGGCCAGGACACAUUCUUGGUGACAGAGCCCGAGGCUGGGGGUCUGCUUUCUUCCCGGGGUCGAGAGAGGCGCGUCUUCCUGUUUGAGCAAAUCGUCAUCUUCAGCGAGGCAUUGGGAGGAGCAGGAGGAGGAGGCCGAGGCGGUACACAGCCUGGCUACGUGUACAAGAGCAGUAUCAAGGUGAGCUGCCUAGGCCUGGAGGGAAACCUCCAAGGCAACCCUUGCCGUUUCGCGCUGACCUCUAGGGGGCCGGAAGGUGGGAUCCAGCGCUACGUUCUGCAGGCUUCCGACCCAGCAGUCAGUCAGGCCUGGAUCAAGCAAGUGGCCCAGAUCCUGGAGAGCCAGCGGGACUUUCUCAAUGCACUGCAGUCCCCCAUUGAGUACCAGAGACGGGAGAGCCAGACCAACAGCCUGGGGCGGCCAGGAGGGCCCGGGGUAGGGAGCCCUGGGCGGAUGCGGCCUGGAGACCUGGCCCAGGUCAGCAUGCACACACCUGUCAAUGGCUCCCUCCCUUCCCUGCUGCUUUUGCCCAAAGGGGAGGUGCCCAGAGCACCCUUGCCCCUGGAUGUAAAGGCUCUCAGUGAUGCCCCCCAGAUUCCUCACAAGCCUCCAGCCCUCCCAGCCCCGAGCACCCCACCCGGUCAGGCCAGGCUGGCCAAGCUGGAUGAAGAUGAGUUAUAACUGGUGAAGGAAGGCCUUGGGAAUGGUGCUGAUUCAGCCACUGGGCCCUCAAGGAAUCGGAAGAGCAUCCUGGCGAUGCGCCAGGGUCCUUUCUUCCUGGUGUGUGGAGGAUGGGCAAGGCUGGGAGAGAGCUCAACCCCAAGGGGAGUGCCUAGACCUGAAAGGACUCUUCUCUGCACAAGGAACACAGGAUCCGUCAGCUCCACUCCGUGCAUGGUUCCCCUCAAAUGGAGGAUAUGUAGGGGCUUGGAGGGAGGGCUGGGGCAGGGACCAGAGAGACAUGAUUGGUUUUGUUUUCCAGUUUCCUGUGAAUAAAGGUUUUGUUACAUCA